CAUUGUGUUGUGUACUUGGACAAGACACUUCACUCUCACAGUGCCUCUCCACCCAGGUGUAUAAAUGGGUACCGACAAGCUUAAUGUAGUGGACUGGCACCCAUCGAGGGGAAGCAGAAAUACUCCUAGUCGCUUCUUGAUACAGAAAUCGGGAUAAGCUCCGGCCUGAUGGGACACUUGGCUCGUAUGCAAACUUGACCUUUGAUAAGACUUAUAUGGGGGAUUAACUCCUUGACCCUCCAUCAAAAUGACUUUUAUUUUCCCUCUGAAAUGCUGGAUGUGUUUGCUUUUAUUUCUUUAUUAUUCCUAGACGGCUGUUCUCCAUCAUGUCGUACUUUUUCUUCUUCUACAACAUUCUCCUUGGAUUGUUUUCCUGCACCAUGCGCAUUCUCAAAGGAAUGCUUCUUGGAGUUAUCUUUAUCUCUCGUAUUGACCGCACGUCCUUGAUGCAGGGAUUCCAGACGUGGGACAAAGCUUUCGUUGCCUACCUCGGCUUUGUCACUGUGCUUGUGGCCCAUAGACACCCAAUUAUGCUAGUGUUCUGCCAGUUACUUCUUGACAGAAAUAAGGAUUACCAGCCUCUGCAGGAACGACCUCCUACCCGACCUAAACCAGCUGUUUAUUUGAGAGACCCUUCUGCAGAACGUUUGGGCAUCCUUAGUAUUAACAAGCCUGUCACCAACUAUUCUGGUUAUCGCCGGGAGCCCCGUCUGCCGCGCAUGUCUCAGAAGGCAUUUAACCGCUGGUUCUUGGCUGUGACGCUGCUGCGUAACCCAUCCCUCGUCAACUAUCGGUGCCAGGGCCACGCGGUAAGACCCGCUUUGAGGCUUGGAAGUAUCAACAUUGGCGAUCAGGUUUAGAGAAUCCGAAGCUAGUUGCCAGAUUGGUUGGGAACCCAACGUUUUAUCCCCGGGCAUUAUUAGGGAACUUUAGAGUUGAGUACGAGUAAGAGUUUUCAAUAGGCUGUGUUCGUAUUCUCUAGCUUGCAGUGGAGGCUCAUGUCGGGGAAUAAUUAUCAUGAAAAAUAGAUUAAUGUCAUUUGCUCUGAAAACACUCCCCGCGUUAGCCUUAAGAGACCUUUUUCGACUGGGUGGUUUGUUGCUCCAUUUCAGACGAUGUGAUGAUACUCUUGCGAAUUCUUGCUUUCAAAUUUUCAAAUAGUUGUGUGUAUAUGAAAGAACAAGUUUUAGAUGGACAAAAGAACAAUUCUCUAGAGAAUGUCACGUGGUCUGUAAUGGGAAAACAAACCGCCCAAACUAAAGAGGUCUAUUGCAAGUUAAUUCCAGUCCAAUGCCGGCCGAGAGUACGAAUAUGGUCUAGUCUGGGUUUCAGGCCUUACAUUAUCACGUAACAUAUCCCAUGAGGGGCUACCCUCUCUACCUAAACCAACAUCAAGGCCUCUGGAAACGUCACUGGUUUGAAAUUCGAAAAUCGUGGUCAUACUCAAUCUCUUUCUCGUAGUCAAAUCUGAAGAUCCUUGUACCUGGGACUUGGGGAUACGUUUGUGGUUCGCUUUCAGUGAGAAAUAUAGCCCGUCGUCAUCAUUAUUGUACUAAGCAGAUAACUCUAUCAUGAAGAGUAAGUGUGUUUGCUGUUUCAGCCUAAGCGAACUGUUAGAUACAUGAAGGGCUUACGUUGUCCCUGAACGAGUCUUUGAAGCUCGAUGGAGAUAAUCCGCCAUUUUUAUUUAGAAAUGCUCACCCAGAUGCCCAGGAGCAGAUCACGUGCUCAAAUCCGUAUCGGGUAGUUCGUCUAUAGCAUGACAGAUAUUAAGUAAAACGAAUUUUUAAACAGUGUAUGAUUCUGUUAAUUAAUGCAGAACAUAAGUGAUCUUAAUACCUUAUAACAGAUAAUCUGAGAGAUCAUUACCGUCAGGUGCCAUUUCGUUGGCAAGUGAAUAAUAUCUUGCAGCUAAAAUAAGGCUGUAUACUGAGUGAUCCGUGUUUGUUUGUUUAUUUGUUUGUUUGUUUGUUUAAAUAUUGUUAUUGUUAGAGUGUUUGUUUGUUUGUUUGUUUGUACAUGUCCAUCUACCCUGCUGUUUUGUGAUAAGUUGAAAUAAAAUAAUAUAUUACAAAAAAGCUAAAAGCUGAAGUUUACAUGGUUUAAGAAAAAAUAUAAGUUUUUUAAGUGAAUUAAGAGAAUGAAGUUAAAGUUCAGAUUAACUAUCAGCCGUCUGGAACUGAGUAAACGAUAUUCUAUCCAAGGUUAGUAUAAAAGGUACGAGACAGAACUGCAGAAGAGAAAAAAAAUAAGAGAAACUUGUGGUAGUUUUCAGAAUAACUAUGAUCUAAUUAAAUUGUAACAAGUUUGCUCACAGCUGAAAAUGAUUUUACUCGAUAGGAAGCAAAGAUGUAUAGCUAUAAACAUGAUAUGUUCAUUUCAAGUUAACGCUAUCGUUAGAAAUAUCUACAAUAUAUUUCAGUGCUAUAUUUUCUUAGAUGGCAUCAGUAACUGGUGAAGACCUGCAAGUUAUCUGUUUAGAAAUUAUCGAAUUCAGCGUUCGACUGAGACGCUAGUUCUAUGAAAGAAGUAUUCUAAAUUCUAAGUUACUUGGAGUAGUUUAAGUUAUUGUAGGUUAUUUUGCCUAUAAUUGAGUUGUAAGUUAUUUCUCAAAGUAUAUGUUGUUGAAGUUUUUGUUCUAGCGUCAGCUGUUAGGAAAAAACAAAGAAAAGAAAAAUAGAUAACUUUACUCGUCAACGCUAUUCCUACACGAAAGGAACUAAAUGUAACUUAAAAUAUAAGUGUGGAAUGGCUGUAACUUAUUUACAUUGCAGUUCUAUUGUAAAAUGCUACGAUUAAAUCUUGCAUUUAAAAACAAA